UGCUGCAAUGUGGCUCCUUUGGCUCAAGCACCACUUGUCCAUCAACGUUUGGACCUUGCUGCUCUUGGGGAGCACCUGGCUACCGCUGGCGGAAGGCAGCCCCAAGUCUCCCUUUAGGACUUUCCCGGUUACAGACUGGAGCUUGACGCACUUGGUGGUCCACAACAAAACCGGGGAGGUCUACGUGGGGGCUGUCAAUCGGAUCUACAAGCUCUCCAAUAACCUCACGCUCCUGCGGACCCACGUGACGGGGCCCGUGGAGGACAAUGAGAAGUGUUACCCUCCGCCCAGCGUUCAGUCCUGCCCACACGGGCUGGUCACCACCAACAACGUGAACAAACUGCUGCUGGUGGACUACUCGGGGAACCGGCUGAUUGCCUGUGGCAGUGCCUCCCAGGGUAUUUGCCAGUUCCUGCGGCUGGAUGACCUCUUCAAGUUGGGUGAGCCCCACCACCGCAAGGAGCACUACCUCUCCAGCGUCAACGAGUCGGGCACCAUGUCUGGGGUCAUCAUCGAGGUGCUGAAUGGGCAGAACAAGCUCUUCAUUGGGACGCCCAUUGACGGGAAGUCAGAGUACUUCCCCACCCUCUCCAGCCGCAAGCUGAUGGCCAACGAGGAGAACGCGGAGAUGUUUGGCUUUGUCUACCAGGACGAGUUUGUCUCCUCCCAGCUCAAGAUACCCUCGGAUACGCUGUCCAAGUUCCCCACCUUUGACAUCUACUACAUCUACAGCUUCAGCAGCGAGCAGUUUGUUUACUACCUGACCCUGCAGCUGGACACCCAGCUCACCUCGCCUGACUCCACCGGGGAGCAGUUUUUCACCUCCAAGAUCGUCCGCCUCUGUGUGGACGACCCCAAGUUCUACUCCUACGUGGAGUUCCCCAUCGGCUGCGUGCAGGACGGCAUCGAGUACCGCCUGAUCCAGGACGCCUACCUGACCAAGCCUGGCAAGGCUUUGGCCAAGUACCUGGGCAUCUCGGAGCGGGAGGAUAUCCUCUUCACCAUCUUCUCCCAGGGCCAGAAAAACAGGGUUAAACCUCCCAAGGAGUCUGUGCUCUGCCUCUUCACGUUGAAGAAGAUCAAGGAUAAGAUCAAGGAACGUAUCCAGUCGUGCUACAGAGGGGAAGGGAAACUCUCGCUGCCCUGGCUCUUGAAUAAGGAGCUGGGCUGCAUCAACUCGCCACUGCAGAUCGACGACAAUUUCUGUGGUCAGGAUUUUAACCAGCCGCUGGGUGGGACCGUCACCAUUGAGGGGACCCCGCUCUUUGUGGAUAAGGAGGAUGGGAUGACCUCGGUGGCUGCCUACGACUACAGAGGACAAACCGUCGUCUUUGCGGGCACGCGGAGCGGGAAGAUCAAAAAGAUCCUGGUGGACUUGCCGGCCGAGAGGAAGCACCAAGUGCUGCAGUACGAGAACGUCGUGGCCCAUGAGGGCAGCUCCAUCCUGCGAGACCUGGUGCUGAGUCCUGACCGCCAGCACAUCUACGCCAUGACCGAGAAACAGGUGACUCGGGUGCCGGUGGAGAGCUGCGAGCAGUACGAGAGCUGUGAGCUGUGCCUGGGCUCCCGGGACCCCCACUGCGGCUGGUGUGUCCUCCACAACAUAUGCUCGCGCAAGGACCGGUGUGAGCGGGCCGACGAGCCCCAGCGCUUCGCCUCCGACCUGCGGCAGUGCGUCCAGCUCACCGUCCAGCCAAAGAACAUCUCGGUCACCAUGUCGGAGGUCCCGCUGGUCCUGCAGGCCUGGAACGUCCCAGACCUCUCAGCAGGAGUCAACUGUUCCUUUGAAGACUUCACCGAGUCCGAGAGCCGCAUUGAAGAUGGGAAGAUUUACUGCAGCUCUCCCUCUGCCAAGGACGUCAUCCCCAUCACCAGGGGCCGAGGGGACAAGCGAGUGGUGAAGCUCUACCUGAAAUCGAAGGAGACGGGGAAGAAGUUUGCCUCUGUGGAUUUUGUUUUCUACAACUGCAGCGUCCAUCAGUCCUGCCUGUCCUGCGUGAACGGCUCCUUCCCCUGCCACUGGUGCAAGUACCGCCACAUCUGCACCCACAAUGCCGCCGACUGCUCCUUCCUGGAGGGACGCGUCAAGCUCUCCGAGGACUGUCCCCAGAUCCUGCCCUCCACCCAGAUCUACAUCCCCGUGGGCGUGGUGAAACCCAUCACCCUGACGGCCAAGAACCUGCCCCAGCCGCAGUCCGGCCAGCGCAACUACGAGUGCAUCUUCCACAUCCCCGGCAGCACCACCCGUGUCACCGCCCUACGCUUCAACAGCACCAGCAUCCAGUGCCAGAACACCUCGUAUUUCUAUGAAGGGAAUGACAUCAGUGACCUGCCAGUCAACUUGUCUGUGGUCUGGAAUGGGAACUUCGUCAUCGACAACCCCCAGAACAUCCAGGCCCACCUGUACAAGUGCUCAGCCCUGCGGGAGAGCUGCGGUCUGUGCCUCAAAGCCGACCCACGCUUCGAGUGCGGCUGGUGCGUGUCGGAAAGGCGCUGCUCACUGCGGCAGCACUGCCUGGCCUACGAGAGCAGCUGGAUGCAUGCCAGCAGCGGCAACAGCCGCUGCACCGACCCCAAGAUCACCAAGCUGUCCCCUGAGACCGGCCCCAGGCAAGGGGGGACCCGUCUGACCAUCACCGGUGAGAACCUGGGCCUGAAGUUUGAAGAUGUUCGCUGGGGCGUUCGAGUCGGCAAAGUGAUGUGCAUCCCCAUCGAGAGCGAGUACAUCAGCGCUGAGCAGAUCGUGUGUGAAAUCGGAGAUGCCAGCCCGAGCAAGGUCCAUGAGGCGCGGGUAGAAGUGUGCAUCCGUGACUGCUCACCCAGCUACAGGGCCACGUCCCCCAAGAGCUUCACCUUCGUGACUCCCACUUUCUCCCGCGUGGUCCCAGCCCGGGGUCCUCUCUCUGGCGGCACCUGGAUCGCCAUCGAAGGCAGCCACCUCAAUGCCGGCAGCAACGUCUCUGUGACCAUUGGAGGACGGCCUUGUGCUUUUUCGUGGAGAAGCGCCCGCGAGAUCCGGUGCAGGACCCCCCCUGGUCACACCCCCGGCGGCUCUCCCAUCCUCAUCAACAUCAACCGGGCAGAGCUGAGCAACCCGGAGGUGAAGUACAACUACACGGAGGACCCCACCAUCCAGAAGAUCGAUCCCGAGUGGAGCAUCAACAGCGGUGGGACGCUGCUGACCGUGACCGGCACCAACCUGGCCACCAUCAAAGAGCCCAGGAUCCGGGCCAAGUACUGCAGCUCUGAAAGAGAGAACAACUGCACUGUCUACAAUGACACCACCAUGGUCUGCUACGCGCCCUCCAUCGACAACCCUGUGCAGAGCCCUCCGGAGGUCGGUGACCGCCCAGAUGAGAUCGGCUUCAUCAUGGAUAACGUCCAGGCCCUGUUAAUCAUCAACACCACCAACUUCGUCUACUAUCCGGACCCUGUCUUCGAGCCGCUUAGCCCCACGGGGAUGCUGGAGCUGAAGCCCAGCUCUCCCCUCAUCCUCAAGGGCAGGAACCUGCUCCCGCCAGCUGCUGGUAACUCCCGCCUGAACUACACGGUGCUGAUCGGAGACACUCCCUGCACCCUGACCGUCUCGGAGACCCAGCUCCUCUGCGAGUCCCCCAACCUCACCGGCCAGCACAAAGUCACGAUCAAGGCUGGAGGGUUUGAGUUCUCCCCAGGGACGCUGCAGAUCUACUCGGACAGCCUGCUCACCCUGCCUGCCAUCAUCGGGAUUGGCGGUGGGGGUGGUCUGCUCCUCCUCAUCAUCAUCAUUGUCCUCAUCGCCUACAAGCGCAAGUCCCGGGAUGCUGACCGGACCCUGAAACGCCUCCAGCUGCAAAUGGACAACCUGGAGUCCAGGGUGGCCCUGGAAUGCAAAGAGGCCUUCGCUGAGCUGCAGACUGACAUUAACGAGCUGACCAACGACCUGGACGGGGCUGGCAUCCCCUUUCUGGAUUACCGUACCUACGCCAUGCGGGUUCUCUUCCCAGGGAUAGAAGACCACCCAGUGCUGAAGGAGAUGGAGGUCCAGGCAAAUGUGGAGAAGUCCUUGACCCUCUUUGGGCAGCUCCUGAACAAGAAGCAUUUCUUGCUGACCUUCAUCCGCACUCUGGAGGCUCAGCGGAGCUUCUCCAUGCGGGACCGUGGCAACGUGGCCUCCCUCAUCAUGACAGCGCUGCAGGGCGAGAUGGAGUACGCCACGGGGGUGCUGAAGCAGCUCCUCUCCGACCUCAUUGAGAAGAACCUGGAGAGUAAGAACCACCCCAAGCUGCUUUUGCGGAGAACGGAGUCAGUGGCAGAGAAGAUGCUGACGAAUUGGUUCACGUUUCUGCUGUACAAGUUUCUGAAGGAGUGUGCUGGGGAACCGCUCUUCAUGCUCUACUGCGCCAUCAAGCAGCAGAUGGAGAAGGGACCCAUUGAUGCCAUCACAGGAGAGGCUCGCUACUCCCUCAGUGAAGACAAGCUUAUCCGGCAGCAGAUUGACUACAAAAUGCUGCCAGCAUGUCACAACCUCUCACUCGAGUCUUUUUGCCCCUCCUGUGCUGUGCAGACCCUCAACUGCGUGAAUCCCGAGAACGAGAAUGCCCCGGAGAUCCCUGUCAAGGUGCUGAACUGCGACACCAUCACGCAGGUGAAAGAGAAGCUGCUGGACGCUGUCUACAAGGGGGUGCCCUAUUCCCAGCGACCCAAAGCCGGAGACAUGGACCUGGAGUGGCGGCAGGGCAGGAUGGCCCGGAUCAUACUGCAGGACGAAGAUGUGACCACAAAGAUUGACAAUGACUGGAAGAGGCUAAACACCCUGGCCCACUACCAGGUGACGGAUGGCUCCUCGGUAGCCCUGGUACCCAAGCAGAACUCGGCAUACAACAUCUCCAACUCCUCCACCUUCACCAAGUCCCUCAGCAGAUACGAGAGCAUGCUGCGGACAGCCAGCAGCCCCGACAGCCUGCGCUCACGGACCCCCAUGAUCACCCCCGACCUGGAGAGCGGCACCAAACUCUGGCACCUGGUGAAAAACCACGACCACAUGGACCAGCGGGAGGGCGACAGAGGCAGCAAGAUGGUCUCCGAAAUCUACCUGACCCGCUUAUUAGCCACCAAGGGCACCCUGCAGAAAUUCGUGGAUGACCUGUUUGAGACCAUCUUCAGUACAGCACAUCGUGGGAGUGCGCUGCCCCUCGCCAUCAAAUACAUGUUUGAUUUCCUGGACGAACAAGCCGAUAAGCAUCAGAUCAAUGACUAUGAUGUCAGGCACACCUGGAAGAGUAACUGUCUACCUCUACGUUUUUGGGUGAAUGUGAUUAAGAACCCCCAGUUUGUGUUCGACAUUCACAAGAACAGUAUUACUGAUGCCUGCCUAUCCGUGGUGGCUCAGACAUUCAUGGACUCCUGCUCAACUUCUGAGCACAAGCUAGGAAAAGACUCUCCCUCCAACAAACUACUGUAUGCCAAGGACAUCCCCAACUACAAGAGCUGGGUAGAAAGAUAUUAUGCAGAUAUAGCUAAAAUGCCAGCGAUCAGUGACCAGGACAUGAGUGCAUACCUGGCAGAGCAGUCGCGGUUACACCUCAGCCAGUUCAACAGUAUGAGUGCGCUACACGAGAUCUACUCCUACAUCACCAAGUACAAGGAUGAGAUUUUAGCUGCGUUGGAGAAGGACGAGCAGGCCCGGAGGCAGCGGCUGAGGAGUAAGCUGGAGCAGGCGAUCGACACAAUGGCCUUAAGCAGCUGA